AUGAACGAUCCUCCUCCCCCGUAUACAUCACGUCCGCCCUCAUACACAGAAAGAACACCUCUUCUACAUCUCCAUCUGCCAACUGAACCUCGUCCUUACCAAACUCCAGCUCUUAGAUCGGACGAUGCGUCGAGGUUUAGAGCAGCUACUUGGAUGUCGAUUUUUGUUAUCUCGUUGGUGGGCGCAUUUUAUAUUGUGCUUAUUAUGGUGGUGGGAUUCAGUAUUUUUUGGCCCAAGGAGGGGGAUUGA